GGCGGCCGCCGACGAAGAUGGCGGACGGCGAGGGAGCUGCUGCGCCGCAGGACGGCGACGUGUCGCCGGCGGGCGGCGGCGGCGGACGGCGGGGCCGGGAGCCGCGGAGUGGCGGCCGCCCGCCCAGCGCCCGGGAUUUGCAGUUGGCCUUGGCAGGGUUGUAUGAAGAUGAAGCUAAAAGGCACUCACCGUGUCCUGACAAAGCAACAACUACAAAGAUCAGUAACUCAAGAGUACACCAGAGUCUUAAAAUUGAUUCUUUUAGAAGUCUGAGAAAACCAGAGAGAAGCAUGAGCGAUGACAAAGAAAACCAGAGAUUUUAUUCAGGUGACUCAGAAUAUAGAGAAUUACAGAUUUCUGGGGCUUCUAAUAAUCCAAGUAAAAUUGUUGCUGAACUCUUCAAAGAAGCAAAGGAACAUGGGGCUGUCCCAUUAGAUGAAGCCUCAAGAGCAUCUGGUGAUUUCAGUAAAGCUAAGUCAUUUUCUGGUGGUGGCUAUAGAUUGGGUGACUCAUCACGAAAGCGUUCUGAAUACAUAUAUGGAGAAAAUCAAGAUGUUCAAAUUUUGUUAAAACUGUGGAGGAAUGGCUUCAGUUUAGAUGACGGAGAGCUGAGAUCCUAUUCAGACCCAACAAAUGCUCAGUUUCUUGAAUCUGUUAAAAGGGGAGAAAUUCCUGUGGAACUUCAACGACUGGUUCAUGGUGGCCAGGUUAAUUUGGAUAUGGAAGACCACCAAGAACAAGAAUAUGUGAAGCCUAGGCUGCGUUUCAAAGCUUUCAGUGGAGAAGGGCAAAAACUUGGAAGCCUUACACCUGAAAUAGUCAGCACACCUUCUUCCCCAGAAGAGGAGGAGAAAUCCAUUCUUAAUGCACCUGUUCUCAUAGAUGAUUCCAUGCCAGCAACUAAAAUUCAAAUUAGAUUAGCAGAUGGAAGCCGAUUAAUACAAAGAUUUAACCAUACACACAGGAUUAAGGAUAUUCGAGAUUUCAUUAUCCAGUCCCGACCAGCAUGUGCAACAGCUGAUUUUGUUCUUGUGACUACCUUUCCAAAUAAAGAGCUAACAGAUGAAAACCUGACGCUACAAGAAGCAGAUAUACUUAACACUGUGAUUCUUCAGCAAUUAAAAUAAUCUUACAGCUAUUUGUACAAUGUAGGGAGUGUGCUGUGUUGUCAUAGGAGAGUAUUUAAGAAAGGUGAAAGAACAAAAGAUUAGUGUCCUUUUUUCCCCUCCCCACUGCCACAGAUCAGAUUUUUUGGUUUAAUAUCUUCCAGCUGUACCAUAUGUAAUUUUAUUUUAUUUCAAUUUCUCAAAUUGUUCAGUUUUUUUAAUGUUAAAAUUAAGCUUCCCUAUGUUAGCAAAUUUCAAACUGUACCUUGUACUAAAUGUGAAUGAGAGAUCACUUUCUACUCUUCAGUUAUUUUGGGUGGGGGAGAGGUGAGCAUUUUUCUGAAGGGAACAGUAUCUUUUACUCAGCUGAUAAGAUUUGCACUGUAGAAAUGUUUUAUGCUGCAUUGACAAACAGCCAUUUGAAAACUUAGCUUUUAGGUUAUGUUUACCUUCCAAAUUGUAUUAAUAUUAAAGUAUUCCAUUUUGUAGGUUGAGAGAUAGUUAAUGGCCUAAUAUAAGUUUUGUAUAUUCUGUUUAUAGUGUUUCGUUGGUACAGUAUAAUUAUUUAUAUUCUACAUUUGACGUACGUUUCCCUGUGUCAUGGCCAAUAUGAAUCAGUAUCAAGAGAUGCAAAGGUCAGCUGUUGCAGACUAUGUAAUAGAUUGCUCUCAUUUGUAUUCUAGUUGUUCUACCUGUGGUGAAAAUAAGGAUUCCUUUUUUUUUUUUUUUCCCUGAGUUAGAGAAAUGGGAGAGACCAUUGACAUCUGGAGAAAUACUGUGAUUCAGAUUUCGUGAGAGUUGGCCUGUGGUCACUUUGAAUUUGAAUGUGCAAUCGAGCCUUGUGCAGCUACAUAACGCUUCAUGUGACUGGUUACUUCAGUAACUCAAAAAAAAAAAACAUUUGUGUACACAAACACAGAACCUGUUUUUGCACUUAGGUGCACAAAUGUAGAUAUUUUAUUUGGUCGUGUAUUUUUGACUUGAAUGUCAGGUCUUUGUAUUUGGAAUUUUGGCCAAAGGCAUUUUGUAGUAUUCAAUGGGGAUUUGGUUGUGCAACUUUCAUUAUACUCUUCUGGAAGCUGUAUGAUUAAAUUCCAUGUUUAAUCUUUGAAACUAUAUAUUUUUUCAAAUAACUUGGCCCUACACUGCUGUAUGCAGGUAGGAAUCUUACAUCAUGGAAAACUGGCAACUGUGCUUUAAUAGUAUACAGAUUUGUAAUAUUUGUAGCUUUAUAUCAGAUGAGUAGAUCACACUCUGAAGGAGAGUAAAUGGGCUGUAUUUCUUGUUCCAGUAUAUAUGUUAAAAGUA